GGUAAAGUUUCAGCUGUGUUCUAUCUUCCUUGUUGAUUCCAUGUGAUUCAUUGGUUAAAGUAGUAAAAAGGUUUCCUCGAUUUAAAUCUUAAUAUAGAAACGAAACUAUGUUUAAACCUUCAACUCGUGCAGAUAUUGAGUCAAUGAAACAUCACCGAUAUUGAAUAGUUUAAUUUGCCACCUUCAUAUAAAACAUGUUUCUUUAUUACGAGAAGCAAAGAGAAUGAAGUGCAUAUCUAAUGAACCUGCUUUGAUUUAAAACACUGUAAAUAUUGAUUCCAUGGAAGGGAAAGAAGCGAGCAGCGGGCGAUCUGCACCUUUUGCAGCCGUCCUGUAUUCCGAGCCCGGGACUCUAGGGCUAGUGUGCAACAUCAUCGCGGCGUUUGUUGUUGCAGUUGGAAACAUAUUAUAUGGACUGGAAAGUGUGUCCGAAUUAUCUACCGUUGUUGGUGGAAUUCAUUUGAUUUUGAUUGGUGGAUUCCUUCAGUUAACGGCAGGGAUAAUGAGUUUCCGUAGAAACGAUCACCUGACCGGAACUGCCUUCACCGUUUUCGCCACACUUUGGGCAUUCCAAGGAGGUGCAAAUAUCACAAUGAAAGAAAGUACAAGUGACAUUACAAGAUCGGUUCUUCCGGUUCUCGUUGCUUAUAUUACUAUUGCACUGUCCUUAUUCAUAUGUUCCUUGUUUGUAAAUUUCAUUAUACCGCCUGUGCUAGUUGCCAUGACGUUGACCUUGACAUUUGAGUCAGUAGGUCUUUUCUAUGAGUGGAGUAAAAGGGUUGCUGUUGUUUUUGAACUUAUAAUUGUUCUAACAGCUACUUAUGCGGUGGUUGUCAUGGCAACUAAAGGCAUCAGUCAGAGAUACAUAUUACCAGGGUUUGGUAACGCCCCCAUAGAUCCCCUCCUGAUAAAAAGAAACGUGAAAAGGUCUAAUAAAAAGGAAAAACGAAAGAACACAAAGUAUGCUGAGCCUAUGGGUAUGGGCUACAUGGGAAAUGUAAUACCGGCUUCCGUCAUCUGUUUUCUUGGACUUGGCUACUUUCAGAACAUGACUAUUCCCAUCAUAGCUGUGGGAUGUAACUCUCUGUUACAUAUCAUGGCUAGUUAUUAUUCUUUUCUUCGCGGCGAUUUCUUCAGCUCUAUACAGUUCAUGGUUCACUUCAUUUUUUGGACUUCUAAGACUUCUUUCUUAUAUAUUUUGCCUGUUGAUCAGGUAUCGUCGACUGACAGUUAUUAUGGUACUUGGGGUACAGUGUUAGCUUUGGCGUUUAUCACAGUGUGCUCUUCUACACAACCAAUUGUUGUUUUAGUUUAUAAUGGUCUUCUGACACUGACUGCAGUGUUGUCAGUGGAGCACAUUCCCAUAUCAGUUCAGUCAUAUACCUUUGGAGUUUCUGCAAUUUUGUGCUGGGUUAUGGCUGUUUACAUUUCCACUGCUCAUCUUCUCAAUUCUUGUGCCGAGAAACCUGUCUUGUACGUUGGUCCAGAAUUGGUCUCCGAAGAGCGUCUUUUCUGUUGCUGCAAAACAUUAAUGAAAAGGGAUGAAAGUGGUGCCCCAAGAGACGACGACGAUGAAAAAAGGGAUCAAAUUAUCAACGCUAUAUUUUUCCUCUGCAAUAUGGUUUCCGCUAUCGCUUUGUCGCCACUAGAAAUAACCAAUCAAAAGGCAUCUCUAUCGCUUCUGCUAACUACCGGAGUCCUUGGAAAUCUAUUGGUUGCUCGGUACUCGUACGCCAGGGGGAGCCUUUCCCGCGCCUUUGUAUGUGCAACAGGUUGUGUUGUCUGGUCAGCUUGGUCACUGUAUAUAUUAAAUGCAUCAACGGGAGUAGCCACAGACAGUGUCAUAGCAAUAACAGGCGUAGGACUAUGUGUACUGUCUCUAGUGUUGACCAUCAGUAUGCCCAGGACAUGGGCAGUGCUGGUCAUUUCUCUUCUUGUCCACUCGGUGUCUGCCGUUACAAAAGUGUACAAUGCAAAUACGAAGUAUUAUCCAUUGAUUUCGUCGAUUCUCGUUGGUCUCGUCGGGGUUUAUGGUUUUAUUCUGUAUCUCGGAAAAGGACUUUCUAAAGCUAGUUUACUUCCCGAGGGGAAACCUUUACUUAAGAUGAGAAAAUCAGAAGUAUCAAGCUUGCCUUGUCCCACAUUCCGAUCACGUAUUGCUAGUGAUAUGUUUAAAGCGGCAGAGGUCCUUGAAAGUGGCGAGGUCAUAUGUGUUCCUACCGAUACUGUGUAUGCCCUUGCUGGAUCAUGUAGUCAACCUGAAUCCAUAUCAAAAAUAUACCACAUUAAAGGGAGGCCACCCGAGAAGCCCAUCUGUCUCUGCAUUUCUCACCUACAGCAGCUCAGAUCAGCCAAUCCUCCUUUCAGUCCAUUACUGUGGAGGUUCAUGGACAGGUGUUACCCAGGGGGCAUCACUUGCGUUGUCAAGAAAGGCGAUUGGCUGCAGAACAUGGGGGUUGGUAAGGCAGUAGAGUAUGUGGGUACCAAGGAGAGCGUGGCCAUCCGGGUUCCCGACAGCUCCGUUCUCUCGUAUCUAGUCAGCAUAACAGGGCCGUUAGCCAUCACCUCGGCCAACCCAAGUGGGGAACCAGACAGCACUCAUCACGAUACAGUUAUCGAUACGCUAGGAAGAAAAUUGGCCGGUGUGGUGUGUGAUGACGAGUCCAACGAAACAGUAGCAUCAACAGUUGUUAAUUGUAUGAAGAUAGAUGAAGGAGUCAUUUCUUAUUUCAGAGUCGGAUGUGUUCCACAAGAGACCGUUGAUAAUUUGUUCGAGAGUGUGAAGAAAGAAAUGCCGGAAUAGUCAAAUACUCCAAAACGAUGUGCAUGAUGGGUUUACAAGAAAGACAGCAUUAAAAUAUUCAACAAACCCAUAGAAUAAAAAUUAUUCUGA